AACCAAUGGCUGACGAUGAUCCGAUGACACAGCAAGAAUAAAUGAAAGACGAUGGGAGUGAACCAUAUGGUAAAUUUCGAAUAGCUAAACAAACAUUGUGUUCGAUUGCUUAUAUGUGUUAAGAGAGAGUGUUUGCAGAGGAAGUAGACAAAUUGGAAGAGAUAGGAGAGAAGAUGAUUGAGGUAUAUAAUUGAAAUAAUAUAAAAGGAAGGACUAUGUACAGAUUUCAAGUUUGGUUUGACGAUGUAGGACUAACUAGAGAGAGAGAGAGCAUUUGGACACAAUAGGAAACCGAAAAUAGAACCAAAAGGUUAUUGUGAGUUGUGGUUGGGUGCAUUAAAUGACUUUACAAUGAAAGUUUUAUGUGUAGCAGCAGUCAUCAGUAUAAUAGUAGAUGUUUCAACUGCUGAUGAAAGUUACCGGUAAUUAGCAUGGAUAGAAGGUAUUAGAGAUAUUAAAUUAAAAUAGGAUUUGCAAUAUUGGUGGCAGUAAUUAUAUCAACUAAUGCAAAUGCAGUAAAUGAUUAUUAAAAAGAACGAUAAUUUUAAAAAUUGAAUGAAGUUGCUGAUGAAAGAAAAAGAGUGACAGUAGUUAGAAAUGGAAAGAAAUGUGAUAUUCAUAUGAGUGAAGUGCUAGUUGGAGAUGUUGUAUAAAUAUUUGAAGGAAUGGAAAUACCAGCAGAUGGAUUUGUAUUAGAAGCAUCAGAUUUAACAUCAGAUGAAAGUGCUAUGACAGGAGAAACUGAUCCAAUUAAGAAAAAUGUAUUAAGUGAAUGUAUUAAUAAAAGAAAUUAAUUAAAAGAAGAAGGAGGAUAAGUAAUAUAUUAAUAUCAUUAUAUUUUAUUAGAAUACAGCUGGUCAUCAUGAUGUUCCAUCUCCAAUAAUGAUGAGUGGAACAAGAGUAUUGAGUGGUGAGGGAAGAAUGCUUAUUCUUGUUGUAGGAGACUCUUCUUGUGCUGGUAAGAUUGCAGCAUUAUUAAGAUAAGAUGAACCAGAAGGUAUUUAUUUUAUUAAAUUAAUAGCUACUCCUUUAUAAAUGAAAUUAACAGCGAUUGCUGAAGAUAUUGGUAAAUUUGGAUUAAUUUCUGCUAUUUUGAUUGUUUCUGUUAUGUGUUUAAGAUUUGGUAUUGAAAGGGGAGUAAAUGAUGAUUGGGAAAACUAUAUGGUCGUUACAAUCAUUGGAUAUUUCAUUAUUGGAAUCACUGUUGUUGUUGUUGCUAUUCCUGAAGGAUUACCAUUAGCCGUAACGUUAUCUUUGGCUUAUUCUACUAAAUAAAUGCUUUAAGAUUAAAAUUUAGUUAGAAAGAUGGCUGCUUGUGAAACUAUGGGUGGAGCUUCUAUGAUUUGUUCUGAUAAAACUGGAACUUUAACAUAAAAUAAAAUGUCACUUGUUAAUGUUUGGAAUGAUGACAUUAUUGAAAUUGAUACAUAUUCAGAAAAAUAAUAAUUAACAUCCUAUUUCCCAUAAAACUUUUAAGAAUACUUUAUUCAAAGUGCUAUUGUCAAUGGAUCUGCUAUGCUUAGACCUGAACCUAAAGGAUCAAAAACAGAAAUUGCAUUACUUGAAUUUAUUGAGAGAUGCUCUAUGAAUUAUGAAGAAAUUAAAGAAAAAUAUCCUGCUAGUACAAAAUUCCCAUUUAGCAGUUUAAGAAAAAGAAUGUCUGUGGUACUAGAAUUAGAUGGUGGAAGACGUAGAUUAGUUUGUAAAGGGGCCUCUGAAAUGGUUUUAGCGGCAUGUUCAUAAUAUCAUUCUAAAGGAAAUGGAUCCAUUGUUCCAAUGAAUUAAGAUUUAAAAUAAAAAGUUGAAAAGGCUAUAGAAACUAUGGCUGGAAGAGCUUUAAGAACUAUUUGUUUAGCAUAUAAAGAUAUUAGUGCAAGAGAAGAUUUAACUACAAAAGACAAUAAAGGUGUUUAUGCUGUUGAAUAGAGUGAUUUAACACUUGUUGCAGUCCUUGGAAUCAAAGAUAUUUUAAGAUAAGAAGUUCCUAGAGCUAUUUAAUUAUGUAGAAGAGCUGGAAUUAAAGUAAGAAUGGUUACUGGAGAUAAUAAAAUGACUGCAAGAGCUAUUGCUAAAGAAUGUGGUAUUAUAACAGCUGGAGAUGAUCAAUCAAUUGUUAUGGAAGGACCUGAAUUUAUAGCCAAGAUUGGAGGAGUGGUUUGUACAAAAUGUAAAACAGCAAUAUGUCCUUGUGCUAGAGAUAGUACAACAGCAAAGAAGGAAAAUAAGGAUGUAAGAGUUGAUACAAUAGCUAAUGCCUCAGAAUUCGAUAAAAUAUAUCCUCAUUUAGAUGUGCUAGCUCGUAGUAGACCUGAAGAUAAAUAUGCAUUAGUAACUGGUUUAAUUGAAAGAGGUCAUGUAGUUGCUGUAACAGGAGAUGGUACAAAUGAUGCUCCUGCUCUAAAAAAAGCUGAUGUUGGUUUUGCUAUGGGUAUAGCAGGAACAGAAGUGGCAAGAGAAGCAGCAGCUAUUAUUCUAUUGGAUGAUAAUUUCAAUUCAAUUGUUAAAGCAGUUAUGUGGGGUAGAAAUGUAUAUGAUAACAUUAAAAAAUUCUUGAGAUUUCAAUUAACUGCAAAUUUAGUUAGUGUGGGAUUGACAUUAAUAGGAGCAGCAGUUUUAAGUUAAGAAAUUUUGAAACCAAUAUAAUUAUUAUGGGUUAAUUUAAUUAUGGAUACAUUAGGAUCUCUUGCUUUAGCUACAGAGCCACCUACAGAGAAAUUAUUAAAUCGUAAACCACAUGAUAGAAAUGAAUAUAUCAUAUCAAAAAAGAUGUUUAAAUUUAUAGUUGGAACAGCAUUGAUAUAGAUAGCAGUAGUGUUGAUUAUUGUAUUUGUAGGAGAUUCUUUUUUACCAGAAUAUCAUGAUUCAUAUGAUAAUACAGCAUUUGGAGGAAUAAAAAUAAGAUAUAAAUAUAGUGAUCAUUUAUGCAAAGUUACUUAUGAUGAUCUUAAAUAAUAUUAUGAUUAAAAUGGAGGAGAAAUGAAAUUAAUUCCUGAUGUCACUUCAUCAAAAGACGUUAAAACAAGCGGAUCUUGUUUAUCAUCAGAGUGUGUUUGUCAUGAGAAUAAAUGUUAUGAAAUUAUUUGUUAACCUUGUGAUUAUGAAAAAAGUUGCACUUUAAUUGCUAGUGGUAGAUUAAAUACUCCUGAAGGUGGUAGAGAUUAUGCUGUAUUUUAUGAAGUAAGUCAUGAACCAUCUCGUCAUGUAUUAUAAAUUCAUUAAUAUUUAGUUUACUUAUGUUUUUAAUGUUUUUAUCAUGCUUCAAUUAUUCAAUUUUCUGAAUAGUAGAAGAUUUAAUGAUGAAAUCAAUAUUUUUGAAGGAUUAACUAAACAUACUGCUUUCAUGAUGAUUGUGCCUGUUAUUUUCUGUAUUUAAAUUCUUAUGGUCACAUUUGGAUCAAAAGCUAUCGGUCUCUAUGGUAAUUUUGGACUUAAAGUCGAAUAAUGGUAUUUAAUAUUUAUUGAAAAUAUUUUAGGUUAAUUGGUAUCGGAUUUGGAUGUAUCUCAAUAAUAGGAUGCUUUUUCCUAAAAUUUAUCAAAGAAGAUAUGUGUUGUGAAUGUGGAAGUAAAGAAAUUAAUCCUAUGGAAACUGAACAUAAAGUUAUUGCUCUAAAAGGAGAUCACUCCUCAGGUGGUUUAGCUAGACGUUAUUCAUCUCUUGUAAAUUUAUUUUAUUUAUCUAAUAGAGACACGAUCAAAAUCCUUUUGGAGCUGCUCAUUAAUAACAUUAGCAUUGAAUAAUUAUAAAUAAUCAUAUAUAUUAACU